AUUUGAGUAUUAAUUAAUUUAUUGAUUUUGAUAAUCAUAGUUUUAAUUAGAGUAGCAUUUUUAACUUUAUUAGAACGAAAAAUUUUAGGUUAUAUUCAGGAUCGUAAAGGUCCUAAUAAAAUUAUAUUGUUUGGUAUAUUUCAACCUUUUAGUGAUGCAUUAAAGUUAUUAUCUAAAGAAUGAUUUUUUUUUAAUUAUUCAAAUUUAUUUAUUUAUAGACCUAUAUUAAUAUUUUUUUUAUCAUUAGUUAUAUGAAUUUUGUAUCCUUGAUUUGGAUUUAUAUAUUAUAUUGAAUUUAGUAUUUUGUUUAUGUUGUUAGUUUUAGGUUUAAGAGUUUAUCCUGUUUUAUUUGUUGGAUGAAUUUCUAAUUGUAAUUAUGCUAUUUUAGGAUCAAUACGGUUAGUAUCAACAAUAAUUUCAUUUGAAAUUAAUUUAUUUUUUUUAGUAUUUAGAUUAAUAAUAAUAGUUGAGAGUUUUUCAUUUAAUGAAUUUUUUUUUUUUCAGAAUAAUAUUAAAUUUGCAAUUUUAUUGUAUCCAUUAUAUUUGAUGAUGUUUACUAGAAUAUUAAUUGAAUUAAAUCGAACUCCAUUUGAUUUAAUUGAAGGAGAAUCUGAAUUAGUAUCUGGUUUUAAUAUUGAAUAUCAUAGAAGAAUAUUUGUAUUAAUUUUUUUAUCUGAAUAUAUAAAUAUUAUAUUUAUAAGAGUUAUUUUAAGAUUAAUAUUUUAUGGAUUUAAAUAUUGAUCAAUUAAAUUUAUUUUAAUUUAUUUAUUUCAUAUUUGUUUAAUUAUUUGAAUUCGAGGUAUUUUACCUCGAAUUCGAUAUGAUAAAUUAAUAAAUAUAUGUUGAACUGAAAUAUUAAUAUUAGUUAUAAUUUAUUUAAUAUAUUUAUAUUUUAUAAAAGAAUUUUUAUGUAUUUAA